CAUGGGCUGUUACAAAACCUCUUGUUCAAAUGCUGGACGAUUAUCCAACUCUGCGGAUGAACUGACAAAAUUCCGAAAACUAUGGUGGAAUCAAGGAAACAUACAUCCAAAGCCAAAAUCAAUUGAGAUUAACUCGAACUUAGAAGUGAAUGUUCGUGUAUAUGAACUUCCUUCGGCAUCCCACGAGGCUGGUUGCAGUACGAUUAUGUGGUUAUUGAUUGGAGCAGUUGUUCAUGUGUUGGGCACCAAUGCAGAUUUUUUCUUAGGAGCGCAUUCGUGCAUUCGCAUAAAUUAUAGUUACUUAAUAGUUGGGAAAGUCAAAUUGGGUGACUAUAAUGGGUACAAGAUUAAUAGAUUGGAAGCUGGACCUAACUGGGAAGGCGAGAAAGGGACAAAAAUGAUUCGGGAAUGUUGGACUUAUUAUGCUAAAACAAUUAAAGACAUUUAUGUCUCUUGCUCAAAAAGUCGUCAUAGAGGAGAAAGUCAGAGCGCUAAAAGUUUCAGGGUUGAGAUGUAUCUUUGGCUAAAAAACAAAACCAAAGAAGCAGAUGGGUCUAUUCGGCCAGAGGGAAGACCUUGA